AUGACCGAUCCUAAUAAUAAUAAUAACACCACGAUAUCUAUCGCUUCUGAUGAAACAAUUGAAAGAGUUGCUCAAAUGAUUGCAUCUGCUCAAAGAGUAUGUGUAUUCACAGGAGCUGGAAUGAGUGCUGAAAGUGGUAUUGAAACCUUUAGAGGAUCAAGUGGAUUAUGGACAGGAUGGAUCGGAAAGAUUGUGUUGGGAUACUUUGGAACACCAUUAGGAUGGACGAUAUCUCCAAAAUUGUGUUGGACUCAAUACGUGAAACGAUUCUAUGAACCUAUUGCUAAAGCUCAUCCAAAUCCAGGUCAUUAUGCAUUGGCUAAACUUCAAAAACAAGUAUUUCCUAAUUUACAAAUCAUUACACAAAAUGUUGAUGGAUUACAUCAAAGAGCUGGUUCAGAUCCUGAUAAAACCUAUGAAGUCCAUGGUACAGUGAGAAGACAUUGUUGUGUGGCAGAACGUCAUCCAUUUGAUUUUGAACGAUUUAAAAGAGAACAUCCAGAAGAAUAUGUGAAUAUCACUACUACUACUACUACUACCAAGAGUAUUACUAACAAGAAUACAACUACUAGUGAACAUGUUGAAAGUGCUUGGAAUCAAGAGGAAGGAGGAAUAGUCGUAGGUGAUGAUGAAUCAUCGUCAUUACUCAAUAAUGGUGAGGAACAUCCCAUUGAAAAAUUACCUUACAAAUCUCCAACCUGUCAACAUGAAGGAUGUCGAUCCACACUUCGUCCAGAUUGCGUUUUAUUUACAGAAGGCUUACCUAUGGAUCAAUGGAAUCCUUCCUAUGAUGCUGUUCGAAGAAUGCGUGAAGGAGAUGUCAUGUUAGUCAUUGGUACCUCUGCUAAGGUAUAUCCUGCUGCAGGUUUACCUUCUGUUGCCGCUAAACGAGGUGCUUUUAUCAUUGAGUUCAAUAUUGAGGAAACAGAUUAUAAUACCUUACCAAAUUAUCAUUUUGUGAAAGGACCUUCAGGUGUGACUCUUCCACGAAUUGUGAAUCGAGUGAUUGAACUCAAGAAUUUAGAUCUGAACAACAACAACAACAACACUUCACCAACAUCAUCUUCUUCGAUUGGUGAAAGAAUACAUUCACAAGAGGAACAUUCAUUGAUGUAA